AUGGAUGAACAAGUUGUUGGACCACAAAUUGGAACAUCAGGAGAUAGUUUUUUUCAAACAAACAAUGAUCUAUUAAUUCAACAACGACGAGAAGCAAAAUGUCAAAAUAAGCAAGGGGAUCCAAUUAAGUGUACCUCGAAAGUUUUAUGUAUGAUGUUAUCAAAUAGUCCAAAUGAUUUGGUGGACGGUUGUUUAUAUAUUGGUGAAUCAGGAUUUAUUGCAAAAAAAAUAAAAUUAUCGACUGGUAAAGUAUUAAAAAUAUUUAAAGGGCAUACAGGACCAGUUACUUGUAUAGGAAUGUGGUAUAAGGAUCAAGAGGAAUAUUUAAUUACUGGAUCAUGGGAUAAAAAUUUGAGAAAAUGGAAUACCAAGACAAAAGAAAGCAUAUUUACUUUUUCGGGUCACGAAGAUUUUGUAAAAUCAUUGGUAAUUUCACAAAGUAAAUCAAUAUUAUAUUCAGGAUCAUCAGAUAAACUUAUUAGAUCAUGGGAUUUAGUAACUGGGAAACAAUUAAAAA